CCUCGCGCAAGCACCCCUCCCGCGGCCUGUCCUGUUGUCCGACAGCCUCGACCUGUGUAUUGGAAGGUGUGCCGAGGGGCCGCCCAAGACCCAGGCAGGAAGGGCGCCUCGACAAACGCUGGAGGUUGACUUGGAUCCAAAGAUGGUUUAUCAGUGCUUCCGUGUGACAACUUGAGUCAGGCUCCGAUAGACAGUAACUUCUUAUCUACUGUUACAAGAGAUACUAUGUGGUUAUAGAAAUAUAUAAAUAACCGAGAGCUAUUCAUUCUACGGUGUAUAUUUUCUCUCUGCAAUAUGGGUAAAUGACCUGCACGAGCAAGCGGAUGUAACAUGCACUUGAAAGAAGCGUUUAGCAGAACAUAACAUCAGAAAUUAACCAUUCCUCCAUCUUGAAGAUCUCACGCUAAAUGGAGCUCCGAGGACCCUGCACAUGAACCCUCUUUUUACUCCGAAAUAGGAAAGAAACAGCACUAUUAACCCACCGAACGACCCGGAAGUGCCCUUUAAGCUCCCUGUCUCUCUCUCUCUAUCUCCCUCUUCCGUGCAUCUGCCUCUCGUACACUUGGGGAUUCCACCGGCCGUAGUAAUCUCAUUUGAAGCUUCGUGUGGCAAACUUAACGUGACAGGAGUUCCACCAAGAGCAACGAGACACGAACGAGAUCAAGCGAAGGAGUAAACGAAGGGGAAUACAACGGAGGUCGAGACACUGAAAUGAGAUCUGAAAGCUUGAUCGAAUCACGGCAAGGAAGGUGAAAACAAGAAAAGAAAAGAAAAGUAAAAAAGAGAGAGAGAAAAAAAAAGAAAAAAAAGAAAAGUGAGCGUUUCGGUUAGAUACCGAGAGAAAGAAAGAAAGAAAAAGAGAGAGAGAAAAAAAAGAGAGAGAAAAACAAAAAACACAGUAAAUAGUUCAAAUUUCCUUAACUCCUAAAAAUGAAGAAAUCAAAAGUGGACUGGAGUCGCUUCGGGCUCGUGUCUGACGGCGACACCGACGCCUCCGAGACCACGAGGCUGAAGGAUCCGGCCCUCGAGGAAGGAUACUACGGAGGACAGGACACCGAGCUCUUCGCGGAGGAAAAGGGCGACACGCCGUGGUGGAAGAGCACCUUCUUCGUGAGCGAGCGCGUCCUCUUCGGCACGUGGGAUGGCGUCUUCACGUCCUGCCUCGUCAACCUCCUGGGCGUCAUCGUCUUCCUGAGGGUGGGCUGGGUCGUCGGCGAGGCUGGCGUCCCUCUCGCGGCCCUCGUCGUCGUCGUCUCCGUGGUGGUUGUGCUGACAUCCGUGGUCUCAGCGGUGGGAAUCUGCGAGCGGACGCGGGUGGAGAGCGGGGGCGUGUACUUCCUCAUCUCGCACGUCCUCGGGUCGCAAGUCGGCGGCGCCGUCGGCCUCGUCUAUUGCUUCGGGCAGGCCGUAGGCAUCUCGCUGUGCGUGGCCGGCUUCGGCGAGUCCAUGGUGGAGCUGCUGGAUCUGUCGUGGUCGUGGUCGGAGAAGGCAUUCGCUGCGGGCGCCCUCCUCCUACUGGCGCUCAUCAACGUCGCGGGCGUCAAGUGGGUCAUUAAGGUGCAGUUCCUCCUGCUGCUGCUCGUCCUCCUCGCCGCCAUGGACUUCAUCUUCGGCAGCUUCUUGGACCACUCUGAUGAACCGGGCGUGACUGGCUGGUCGGCUGUUACGUGGGCGAACAACACCUCCCCGGGGUAUACGACGGGAAAUUCCUGGUUCACGGUACUAGGUGUGUUCUUCCCGACUGUCACGGGCAUAAUGGCAGGGAUUAACAUGUCAGGUGACCUCAGAAGCCCGGCGAAGGACAUCCCGGUUGGCACUCUAUCUGCUCUGGGUCUUAGCACGGUGCUUUACAUGGUGUUCAUCUUGGUCCUCGGUGCCACCGUCCAGAGGGAGGUGCUUCUCAGGGACUACAUGAUUACGGAGAAAGUUUCUGCAUUAGGUGUGCUGUUACUGGCCGGGCUCUACACAAGCACGCUCUCCUCGACGCUGGCUUCUCUGUACGGCACACCGCGCGUCCUCCAGUCUAUCGCCAGCCAGAACGUGGUGCCCGCCCUAUCUCCGUUGGCUCAAGGACGAGGACCCAACAAAGUGCCCGUGCUGGCCCUGGUGGUGACCGUGGUGGUGACACUCGUCUUCCUCCUCGUGGGGCGCAUCAACACCCUGGCCCCCAUCGUCACCAUGCCCUACCUGGCCACGUACGCCGCCAUCGACUACGCCUAUUUUGCCCUCGCGAUGACGGCUGACCUGCAGAGGGCAAGGGAGGCGAGGUUCAGAGGUCAGACAUUUGGGACGCCCACUUUUGACUCCCGAGGUCUUGGGGGAAACACUGACCUUGAUCAUCUGUUCCCUGAGAGAGUCACUCACAAGAAGGUGAUCACGACGGCUGCGAGCUCUGGCACCUCGAGCUUAGUCUCCUCUCCGGACGACCACUCCAGCAUCAAGUCCGACACUGAACCGUCUGCAAAGGAGGAGGAGAAUGGCGGAGCGGGCGCCAGUGAAGACCUGCUGCCUGGCAUGGGCGCCCCUGGAGACUUCCUCGCUAUCACAGGGAAGCCUACUCACUGGUACUCUCACCUAUGCAAUCGCUGGCUCUCUUUGAUAGGGGUGGGCGUGAAGGUCGCCAUGAUGGUGUGCGUCCACUGGGCCUACAGUCUCACCACACUGCUCACCAUGCUGCUUCUCUACGUCUACAUCGGGCAGGCUGCCCCCGGGGGGCCUCCUGGCAUCGCUAUGGAAUUCGUCUUCCUGAGGUGGCUGAAGAACAGGUUUUUGGCCUGUUUUGGACAGAGGUCAGCCGAGUAUGACCAAGUAGUCGUGACGCCCCUGCAUCCUGGAGUCGAGGUCACAGCCAAUCAGCUGACUGAGGAGAACGAGGACUUCGCCGCCAGGUCACGCUACCACCAGUCGACGCCAGGUCAAGCACUCCCCGAUCUCACGGAACAACAGUAACUACGUCAUCAUAGUCAUCGUCGGUCUUGGCUUCACCGGCUUAGAAGUCAUCUGAACAACAUUCUAGCUGCGGCCUUUGUGGACAAGGACAUUUUCUGCUCUGUACCGCAUGGAGGGAGAUAUCUAUUCGGUGUAUUUUAGUUUACAUCACUGUUGGUGUGUGUGUAUACACUCGUUAUACUUAACUUCGUGGAAGCGCCUCUAGAUAAGUGUGUUGAUCCAUUGUUUAAAUUCUCAAUUGAGACACACGAGUAAUAGCUGCCUGUGAAAUUUUCGAUCUGUUUUGUGUUGCGAACAUUUGCAAAGUGGAUACUGUGUGUUUAAAAUACAUAUUCUUAAUGUAAUCCAAUUAAUACCGUAACUUUUUAUGCUCAACGCCAGUAAACUGAAGUGACGAGGGAAACAAAUACCACAGGACAGGUCAAUUUAUAAAGUAUAAAAGAUAUUGGAAGCUGAUCCAGAAUUAGAUCAGGAAGAUAUGCCGAAAAGGUUGUGAAUCACGCAACUUCAAAUGACAGUCAGAAUUACUUUUAGUUGGGGGCAAAACGUUGAUAAUAAACGAAAAUGGGGAGCAGUAGUGCGUUCUGCUUAAUCUCUAGUUCUUACUACCUCGGUGUGCACGUAUACAUAUUUUUACAAGACACACACAAACACACACGCACUCGCACUCGCACACGCACACGCACACGCACACGCACACGCACACGCACACGCACUCGCACUCGC